CACAGCGACCGCCGUGCCUCGUCCCCAGACGACAUGAGCUCCGCCUCGUCCAACUCGUCGGUCAGCGAUCAGGACCAGCCCAAGCAGGACCCCUCCAAGCUGGGCCGCCCGCGCCUAGGCAGCAGGAAGUCGAGCGGCACCAUCAUAAUACCGCGCGACAGCCCCCAGGUCGAACUCAAGGAGGAGGAGUACGACGACGGCGAUGCCCGCACCAUGAGCCCGCGAAGAAGCAGCGAGGAGAUUGAGAAGAUGGGCCAGGAGGCGCGCCAGGCCUUGAUCGAGCAAGCCAAAGCUCUCCAGCAGAGCUUGAUGGAAAUCGUGGACCGCGUCGAAAUUGUAAAGUCGGAACACGAGAAGCUCGAAGGCGGCAACAAGUUCCUCCAAUCCUAUAUUGGCGAGCUCAUGCAGACGAGUAAAAUCACCUCUACGGGCGCCGCCAAAGUGAAGGGCAAGGGCAAA